AUGACUUCCUCCAGUCCCGACCAGCGCCUGGAUCACCUCCUGAGCGCAGUGGAAAGCGAAUUUCAGAAGGGCAGCGAGAAAGGCGACGCGUCGGAGCGGGAUAUUAAACUUUCCCUUGAGGAUGCGGAGUUGUGGACCAAAUUUAAAGAGCUCACCAAUGAAAUGAUCGUCACGAAGACCGGAAGACGGAUGUUUCCCGUGCUCAGAGCCAACAUCGCUGGCCUCGAUCCUAACGCCAUGUACUCGGUUCUGCUGGACUUCGUGGCAGCGGAUAAUAACCGGUGGAAAUAUGUGAACGGUGAAUGGGUGCCGGGCGGGAAACCCGAACCUCAGAGCCCGAGCUGCGUCUACAUCCAUCCAGACUCACCCAACUUCGGCGCUCACUGGAUGAAAGCGCCAGUCUCUUUCAGCAAAGUCAAACUCUCCAACAAACUCAACGGAGGAGGACAGAUUAUGUUGAACUCUUUGCACAAAUACGAGCCAAGGAUUCACAUAGUGAAAGUUGGAGGGAUUCAGAAAAUGAUCAGCAGCCAGUCUUUCCCUGAGACCCAGUUCAUUGCUGUCACGGCUUAUCAGAAUGAAGAGAUCACAGCUCUGAAGAUCAAGCACAACCCUUUUGCUAAAGCUUUCCUAGAUGCCAAAGAGAGAAGCGACCACAAGGAAGUCCCAGAUCACACUACUGACAAUCAGCAGUCCGGAUACUCACAACUCGGCGGCUGGUUCUUGCCCAGUAAUGGCCCUAUGGGUCCCAGCAGCAGCCCUCCUCAAUUUAGCGCGGCUCCUGUACACUCUUCUGGGUCCUACUGUGAGCGAUACUCUAGCUUGAGGAACCACCGAGCUGCUCCAUAUCCCAGCCAUUACCCCCAUCGCAGCACUACAACCAAUAACUACAUGGACAAUUCUUCAGGAAAUCUCGCCUCUCAUGAUAGCUGGUCAGCUCUGCAGAUACCUAACUCGAGUGGGAUGGGCACCCUCGCCCACACCACCAACACUACCUCGAACAGUCAGUACCCAAGUUUGUGGUCUGUUGCGGGGACCACCCUCACCCCCUCUGGGUCAGCGUCUGGGUCCAUUACAGGCGGGCUGUCCUCUCAGUUUCUGCGCGGCUCUUCUGUGUCCUACUCCGGGCUGACUUCCUCUCUGCCUGUGUCCUCUCCCUCUUCCAUGUACGAUCCUGGCCUGAGCGAAGUUGGAGAUGCCCAGUUCGAGAGCUCCAUCGCCAGGCUUACAGCCUCCUGGGCACCUGUGGCACAAAGCUACUGAGAUCCAGGGGAACCAUCUGUUCAACCUCUGCUGUCUUUAAAAUGAGACUACUCACAAGUGUUUGAAAUGACUUGAUUAUGAGCCGAAGGUGUUUCAGAGACUGGCCAGAGCACAAAUCCAGAGAAAACCGUGUAGAUUCACGUAAGACAAUCAGAAUGCCUAUGCAAUAUAGAUUUUCUCUGAUCAAUAUCCGUAUGAUCAUGGGGCAUGUAACGCUGUAGACAAUCGAAACCUAGUGAAAGACAAUCUCAUUGAGCAUGUAUGUUUGCUUAUUCUAUCAAGUACAGUUUUGGGUUUAAAAAACAAACUAUGGGGCCAAUGAUGGUGUUUAAUCUUUAUAAAAUGAUCUCAAGAAUUAAUAAGGUCAAAAUGUGCUGUUCACUGACUUAAUUGUAUAUGUGUGUAAAUAGAAAUUAACAAUCGUUUUGAUGGUCAUAUGGGAAUAUU